CUGCCGUCUUAAUUGACCGCGGGAGUGGUUUCACGGUGGUUAUCAAACCCUUCUGCCGUCUUAACUGACCGCGGAAGUGUGUUUGUCCAGCCAUUCUGCCGUCUUCAUGGACCGCGGAAGUGUGUUUGGAACGUCCCUGGCUUGAGUGGAGUCGUCUGCUUGGCCUCUUUUCCCUAUGUCUCAACGACAAAACCCCCGGGCUCACGCCCAAUCCUCGGCUUCGGCCACUCCUGGAGCUUCUGCUCCUUUAGACCCGAGAGAGGCCUCUCUCAUAGAUUUUGUGCAAGGGAACCCUACUCAAAGGGAACGAAGGCAGCAGCGCAGGCAGCGCAAGAGGCAGGACGAUGCCACAGCAGAUGCUGAGUUGGACGCUGGAUCGUCUCUUUCUAGCCAAGGCGGCGACGCUACAGAAAACAAAGCUCUGAAUACAAGCCCGAGCGAUCAAGUCGAAGAUUCGGAGAUCAACAAACAACUCGAGCAUUUGACUGUGGAUGCCGCUGAGAACGAUCAGAUGGAGGACAUAGUUCCAGACAGUGACGAGCGAUCCACAGAGUCGAAGGAGCCCGAAAAGAGCGAAGUCCAGCAGCAAGAUCCACUGGUGAACGAGGUCGGGCCUGACGAUAGUGAUGACAAUGUCGCCAGUGUCGCCGAUGGCGAGAGUAUGGAAGUCGACCAGGAUCCCAGCGCCUCCAACGAGUCUGAGCAGAUCGCGGAAGCAUCAAUCGUAGGGCCGCGCCUAAAGAUAUUGUAGGUGACACCACCAUGGGCGGUACUGUAGGUAGUGAAGAGUCUGGCAAUGGCGAACAGGGUGCAUCCAAGGACGUCGACAUGUCCAACUCAGGGCUACCUCACGAACGAUCAGAGGUAGUGUCUUUGACGCUAUCUUCAACGCCAUCUUCAACGCUAUCGACACAAUCAUUAACUUCGCCAUCAACAAUACUUCAACAUAUCAAAACAACUCUUAAUCUUAUCAUUAUUUUAUCAUCAAUGCCAGUUCAUACUGUACUAG